AUGCCGAUCGAGAUUGUGUGCAAAAUCAAAUUUGCAGAGGAGGAUGCGAAACCCAAGGAGAAGGAGGCAGGGGAUGAGCAGAGCCUCCUGGGGGCUGCACGGGGGGCAGCAGCCCCCCGGGACCUGGCCACCUUUGCCAGCACCAGCACUCUGCACGGGCUGGGCCGGGCCUGUGGCCCAGGCCCCCACGGACUGCGCAGAACCCUGUGGGCACUGGCCCUACUCACCUCGCUGGCUGCCUUCCUGUACCAGGCGGCCGGCCUGGCCCGGGGCUACCUGACCCGGCCUCACCUGGUGGCAAUGGACCCUGCUGCCCCAGCCCCCGUGGCGGGCUUCCCGGCUGUCACCCUCUGCAACAUCAACCGUUUCCGGCAUUCGGCACUCAGCGACGCCGACAUCUUCCACCUGGCCAAUCUGACAGGGCUGCCCCCCAAAGACCGGGACGGGCACCGUGCCGCCGGCCUGCGCUACCCGGAGCCAGACAUGGUAGACAUCCUCAACCGCACUGGCCACCAGCUUGCCGACAUGCUCAAGAGCUGCAACUUCAGUGGGCACCACUGCUCCGCCAGCAACUUCUCCGUGGUCUAUACUCGCUAUGGGAAGUGUUACACUUUCAAUGCGGAUCCGCAGAGCUCCCUUCCCAGCCGGGCGGGGGGAAUGGGCAGCGGCCUGGAGAUCAUGCUGGACAUCCAGCAGGAAGAGUACCUGCCCAUCUGGAGAGAGACAAACGAGACGUCGUUUGAGGCCGGCAUCCGGGUGCAGAUCCACAGCCAGGAGGAGCCGCCCUACAUCCACCAGCUGGGCUUCGGCGUGUCCCCAGGCUUCCAGACCUUCGUGUCCUGCCAGGAACAGCGGUUGACCUAUCUGCCUCAGCCCUGGGGCAACUGCCGGGCGGAGAGCGGGCUCGGGGAGCCUGAGCUGCAGGGCUACUCGGCCUACAGUGUGUCUGCCUGCCGGCUGCGCUGCGAAAAGGAGGCCGUGCUUCAGCGCUGCCACUGCCGGAUGGUGCACAUGCCAGGCAAUGAGACCAUCUGCCCGCCAAAUAUCUACAUCGAGUGUGCUGACCACACACUGGACUCCCUGGGUGGGGGCUCCGAGGGCCCAUGUUUCUGCCCUACCCCCUGUAACCUGACCCGCUACGGGAAAGAAAUCUCCAUGGUCAGGAUCCCCAACAGGGGCUCAGCUCGCUACCUGGCAAGGAAGUACAACCGCAACGAGACCUACAUACGGGAGAACUUCCUGGUCCUAGAUGUCUUUUUUGAAGCCCUGACCUCUGAGGCCAUGGAGCAGCGAGCAGCCUAUGGCCUGUCAGCCCUUCUGGGAGACCUCGGGGGACAAAUGGGCCUGUUCAUCGGGGCCAGCAUCCUCACACUGCUGGAGAUCCUUGACUACAUCUAUGAGGUGUCCUGGGACCGACUGAAGCGAGUGUGGCGUCGUCCCAAGACCCCCCUGCGGACCUCCACUGGGGGCAUCUCCACCUUGGGGCUGCAGGAGCUGAAGGAGCAGAGUCCCUGCCCGAGCCGGGGCCGCGCUGAGGGUGGGGGAGCCAGCAGCCUGCUCCCCAACCACCACCACCCGCACGGCCCCCCAGGAGGCCUCUUUGAAGACUUCGCUUGCUAG